UAGUUACUGCUUGUUUGUUUGCAAUGAUGGCGGCGCCCAGCGAAAACGAAAGUGGAAACGAUCUCCAAGACCGUGUUGAAAAAUUUUAUGAGGAUGCUAAAGGUUACUGGGCGAGCGUGACACCAACUGUUGAUGGAAUGCUUGGAGGAUUUGCCAAGAUAUCCCCAACAGACAUCAAUGGCUCAAAAUCAUUUCUUCGACAAUUUUUGAAGAUCUCAGGUGGAUCGCUGAUGCCAAAUCGUGCUCUUGACUGCGGAGCCGGUAUUGGGCGAAUUACAAAACGUCUUCUGCUGCCAAUUUUCGACACCGUCGACAUGGUAGAACAGGAUCAGCAUUUCUGUGACAAUGCUCGGGAGUUCAUCGGCUCUGAUUCGAGUCGAGUAGAGAACAUAUUCUGCAGUGGUCUCCAGGACUUUACCCCUGCUGAGCAGGGGUAUGAUUUGAUCUGGUGUCAGUGGGUGUUAGGCCAUCUCGAAGACGAUCAUUUGGUGAAGUUUUUCCAACGCUGCCAGAAAGGUUUGAGGGAAGGAGGUGUCUUGAUAGUGAAGGAGAACACGUUGGAAAGUGACAAAAGAGCGUUUGACGACAGUGACAGUAGUUACACCAGACCGAAGUGGGACCUGGAAAUGUGCAUGAUAAAUGCUGGACUCAAAGUUCUUUCCGUCCAGAAGCAGAAAGGCUUCCCAAAAGACAUUUAUCCUGUGUAUAUGUUUGCAUUGCAGUGAGUCAAAAGAAAGUACUUUUGGCUUUUUUCUUUUUCUUUUAUAGUAAGUGUGUGAGUGGUCAGUAUCGUAGUUGGGUUUGUUUAUCUAAUUUUUAAAAAGAAGUGUUGACAUUGCACCUGCUAAAGUUUUGGGUUUUUUCUCUUUCUUCUUUUAUAGCAUAUAUAAUGCGUGUUCGUUUAUCUUUUCUUUUGGUUUAUAUAGAGAUCUAGUUGAGAGUGUGUACUGCUGCGUUUAAUUCCCACAAGUCCUGACAAGUGAACUUUGGCUGCCAUAUGGAGGACAAACAGCCCAGACUUCUAUACAGGGAUACAAGAAAUAGAGGCUUUAUUAUACUUUAUUGUGUCUGGAGUUCAGGACUUUGAAAAAGUAGAAAUGCAUUUUAACUAAAAACUUUUUUUUAUCUGACUAGAUUCAGCUUAGUUUUAUGAUGCAGCUACUUAUAUAAGCAAAGCCUAUGGUUUGACUAAAAACACUAAAAUGCUAUGAUGAAUAAACUGAUUUUACACAACCUU